UCCAUAAUCCAUGCCACAAAACAUACGAGCUGUCACCUUCUUGUUCCAGUCGUCGUGUCACAUUCGGCCAGUUUGGCGGCGUUUUGUCCUGACGACAGUCUCUCUGUUCGUUGCUGACGAACUUCACCACACCCCCCUAUUCGAGCUCUGCUGUUCCUUCAGUCAGCUUGGCUUCCAUUAAUCCAUCCCCGCUUCUUCACCAGUUAGCUUCAACUUCAAUUGCUAUGGGCCACCUCCGCAGAUGGGUUCCCCUAAUUUUGAUUCUCUGCAUACUCAUCCCUCUGGGCUCUCCAAGGUCGAUUCUGACCGCCGAAGAGCUGGCCCUCGUCCCGGCCAGUUUCCUCGACCUUGCGAGGUCGCCGGAGGUGUCGGAGUACAUGGUGAGGAUCAGGAGGAGGAUCCACGAGUACCCGGAGCUCGGGUUCGAGGAGUUCGAGACCAGUAAGCUCAUCAGGACCGAGCUUGACGAGAUGGGGAUCCAUUACAGGUACCCACUUGCCGUUACUGGCGUUGUCGGUUACAUCGGGACCGGGAAGCCCCCCUUUGUGGCUCUCAGGGCAGACAUGGAUGGCCUUGAUAUGGAGGAGAGAGUGGAAUGGGAGCAUAAAAGCAAAGUUCCCGGAAGAAUGCACGCCUGUGGACACGACGCGCAUGUGGCAAUGCUCCUCGGUGCUGCAAAGAUGCUGCAAGGUCGUCAGGAUGAGUUGCAGGGAACAGUCGUUCUUGUUUUCCAACCAGCUGAGGAAGGAGCUGGGGGAGCAAAGAUGAUGAUAGAGCAUGGAGCUCUCGAAAAUGUGAGUGCCAUCUUUGGAGUACACGUAGCUGCCAUGGACCCCAUUGGAGCUGUAGCGAGCAGGGCCGGCCCAAUCAUGGCUGCUUGUGGCUUCUUUGAAGCAGUUAUAACUGGAAAGGGGGGCCAUGCUGCCAUUCCUCAGUAUGCGGUAGAUCCAAUUGUAGCGGCCUCAAGCGUGAUCGUUAGUCUCCAACAUCUUGUUUCACGUGAAGCCGAUCCUCUCGAUUCUCAAGUAGUCACGGUAGCGAAAUUUGAAGGAGGUGAGGCUUUCAAUGUCAUUCCUGAUUCUGUCACAAUUGGCGGAACAUUCCGAGCAUUCUCAAAGGAGAGCUUUCACCAACUCAGACAGAGAAUCGAAGAGGUAAACAUAGGACAAGCUAGUGCGCACAGAUGCAAUGCUUCAGUCUCUUUUGCCGAGCCAAUCGACCCAGUAACAGAAAACGACCGAUAUCUCCACCAACACUUCCUUAAUGUUGCGGAGGACAUGUUGGGCGUCAGCAAAAUCAUAGAGAUGAGACCAAUGAUGGGUUCGGAGGACUUCUCGUUCUACUCAGAAGUGAUUCCCAGCUACUUUUACUAUGUCGGGAUGAAGGACGAGGUAGGAGUCUCUGAACCAGAGCAUUCUCCUCACUAUCGGGUCAAUGAAGAUGUCCUCUCUUAUGGAGCGGCGCUUCAGGCGUCACUAGCCACAAGGUACAUCCUCGAACAUCACCACGGAAAUAAUGCAGUGGAAGAAGUCCCUCAUGAUGAACUGUGAUGCUUGCGACUCAGGAUCAAUCAGCAAAGCUAGAGUUCAGUUAUGGACAUUCAUAUGGCUUCCACUAGUUCACAUGUAAUUGACAUAUCGGACUACAAGAUUGGCAAGUUGAACGAUCUACAGAUUCUUCUGCCAUUCAGCCCAAUCUACUGCAAAUCAAAAGCUGGUAGCCAAUGGUUCAGUUCUACUUUCUAAAGCA